ACAAACAGCAUGGCUGAAACUUUACGGAGAACCAAAAUGGAAUCGAUGUCUCCCGCUAUCCUAGAGGAACUGGAGACAGAGAAAUUAAACCAGGCGUUCUUGUGUUCAGUGCAGGAAGGUGAUCCCCUUCCUCUCAUCAAGGAGGAAUUAAAAUAUCUGAUUCAGUCAAGAAGGUUAGCGGACGGAAAAGAAGAACUCAACGUCAACUUCCAUCCUCCACAAAGACCAAAGCUUGAGCCCGAAGAUAAAAUUAAGAGGAAGAAAAGACGUGAACAGAAUAAAAAUGCAGCUCAACGAUUCAGAAAUAAACGGAAAAUGAAGAAAGAAAAUGGCAAAAAUGAGCUAGAUUUCCUGAGUUGUCGAAAGAGUGAACUGUGUGCCCAGGUUGAAGAUUUAGAACGUCAAGUACAAAUGUACCGAAGGCAUAUAGGUAACAGCUUCGAACAGGACGGACUACAUAUACAAACCUUCCCCCCAAACUGACAAUAGAGGAUCAAUAACGGAACCCGAAAAGGAUGGACGGCACCCGCCGUAUGCAAAUAAGGGUCAGAAGCUUAGGGUUGCGCGGAUUUCCCAAGAAACAGGAAAUGGUUGUCCUGCACACUGCGACAGUGUGAGUUUACGUACAGAUUAAUGACAACUUUUGUCUGUGGUUUCAACUUGUGGUGAAGAAACAGGGAAAUCAUUCCUCUUAAAUAUAGAAUGUUUGGAAUUAUUUCAGCAUGAACAAUGACAAGCCUUGACAAUGGAAUAGAAAUAUAGGAAGAUUGACAUGUAUGUUCUAUAUCAGUCCACCUAACGAGUGCACGUGGAAGGAUUCGCGUGUUUAAUUAAUCAUUUCGAUACAUUAAUUGUGCCUACAUUGAUUUGUCCUGAUCAAUGGUAAGACAUUUUCAUUCAUUUCAUUAAAAUCUA